CAAAAGCCUUUUAUUGCAACUAUUACUCUCUUUUAAAAGCUUUCCCUUACCUUAAAUUGGACCGUUGAUCAAUUGUCGGAGAAUCACCACCGUUAGAUCAACUGACCAACAUCCCGGCAGUCUGUCUUUUCUGAUGUCAAUCUCCAGUUUUCCGAUCAAUCAACAGAGAAAGAAGUCCAAGAUGGAAAUCGCCGUUUUCAAAUUUUCUUUCUUAGAGGGGCGUUAGUGCAUGCAUGCCGAUCGAUCGAAAGCUGGAAAUCAAAACCAUCGAAUCCCUAAUCCUUGUUAAGCCCACCCGUGGAUUUCAAAAUGUUAAAGAAAAUUAUGAGAGGAGGACAACGGAAGCAUUCCAAAUCAGAUUCACUGGAUGCAUCUAUUCAGGGGCACGGGCUACCCGGUUGCGGCAAUCCCGGGUCGGGUACACCAGUUGUCAACAACGCUUCCGUGGCAAAACCCAAUUCAAAAGGCCCAAAUCCCGGCGUCCGUACGACCCUUCCCCCGAUGUUCGCCGUCGAACCCUUGCCGUUAUUCAAAGACGUCCCCGUCGCCGAUAGGCAAACCCUGUUCCUUAGGAAACUGCAGCUUUGUUGCUUCCAAUUGGAUUUUUCCAAGAGCACGAAAUUGGUCCGGGAGAAAGAAAUCAAACGGAAAACGUUGCUGGAACUCGUGGAUUUCAUUCAAUCCGGGUCGGGAAAAAUGACGGAGCGAUGUCAGGAUGAUAUGAUCAAAAUGGUCGCCGUCAACAUCUUCCGGUGCCUCCCGCCGGCGUUCCACGAGAAUACGGGACAGGAAGCCUUGAAUCCCGAAGAAGAGGAACCGUAUUCGGAACCCUCGUGGCCUCAUUUACAGCUUGUGUACGAGAUUCUCUUGAGAUACGUAGUGUCAUCUGAUACCGACACCAAGGUUGCCAAGAGAUACAUUGACCAUACGUUUGUUUUGAAGGUUCUUGAUUUGUUUAAUUCGGAGGAUCCCAGGGAAAGAGAGUACUUAAAAACGAUCCUUCAUAGGAUUUAUGGUAAAUUCAUGGUGCACAGACCGUGCAUCAGGAAGGCAAUAAACAAUAUUUUUUACAGGUUUUUAUAUGAAACGCAGAGGCAUGGGGGUAUAGGGGAGCUUUUGGAGGUUCUAGGAAGUAUAAUUCAUGGGUUCUCUUGGCCUAUGAAAGAGGAACAUAGGUUGUUCCUUGUUAGAGCAUUGAUUCCUUUGCAUAAGCCGAAAACUGUUUCGAUGUACCAGGAGCAGUUGUCUUAUUGUAUAGUUCAGUUUGUUGAGAAGGAUUAUAGGCUGGCUGAUACCGUAAUUAGAGGGUUGUUGAAGUAUUGGCCAGUGACUAAUUGUCCAAAGGAAAUUCUCUUCCUUGGGGAACUUGAGAAAGUACUCGAAGUAACACAGUCGGCCGAGUUCCAAAGAUGUAUACUUCCCCUUUUCAGACAGAUUGCUCGCUGCCUUCGUAGUUCUCAUUAUCAAGUUUCAGAAAGAACCCUCUUCUUGUGGAAGAAUGAGCACAUUGUGGGCUUAAUUGUGGAGAAUCGGCAGGUGAUACUACCGAUCAUCUUUGAGGCAUUUGAAUGGAAUAUCCAAAAUCAUUGGAAUACGACCAUCCACGGGUUAACUGAAAAUGUGGUUAGGAUGUUUGUGGAAAUGGAUGAAGAUUUGUUCGAUGAGUGUGAGACGCAGUUUGCAGGGGAGAAGGACAGAGCUAGAGAGGUGGAAGAGCAACGGGAAAUGGUAUGGAAAAAGCUCGCCGAUGCGGCGGCGGAGAAAGGUGGAGAUCACAUGGUCACAAUCUAACUGAUUAAUCAGUGUUGGAUUCAAGCAGGUUGAUGUCAUUACUAUUGUUCUCGCCAUUUUGAUGGUAUUCCUUUUCUCAACCCACUACAACUUUUUUCUUAUUUUCAAUUUUUUCAUUCAAUUUGACCAUUGAAA